CUCAGCGCUAGAGUCGGGCACGUGACAACGGCUCAGUAGGCAUCCCGUGGCCGUUGGGUCGUCAACGUCUCUCACGACUCACGACUCACAUGUCGUAAAAGCUGGCUCGACUUGUUAGAGACUACGAAACUGUGAUCGCCUGUGCAUGUCAUUCGACUCCAGAGGCCUCCUGCCGCCAUGGCGAUGCCUUCCCAGACAUAUCCGGGCGCUUCUGCCAUCUCGGCUGGCGUAGAUCCCACUUUCUGGGGUCAACAGCACUUCUCGUCCGACUCCACCUCGCCAUUGUCGUCGUCUCUGGGCUUGCAUCUGUCGCCAACAACUAGCGUCACCACCCAGGAGAGUUUCAACGGCCGUUCUCCCUCUGAACAGACUUCUCAGUCCGAUAGUGGCUCCAAGAACGCGCAGGAUGGCCAGAAGAAUGGCCAAAAAGAGCUCAAUGGCAACCAAGCGAGGGCUUCAGUCGCUGUCGCAUGCGUGCCGUGCCGAAGUAGGCACUUGAAAUGCGACGGCGGCGUGCGGUGCUCAAGAUGUAGGGCUGAAAAUGUCGAGUGUACUUAUAUCAAGUCACGACGCGGCUGGAAGGGAAAGAGAAAGAACAAGGAGGAAAAUGGCGCGCCAACAACCCUCAAUGCUCUCCCCGGGGCAGAAGUCCCUCACAGCAAUGGCCAUCUAUCAUCGCCUGAGUACUCGUAUAAUGGCGAACUCAGCCCAACCAAUAGUCUUGGCGUUAGACCCGUUGCUCCUCCAGCUACCCAGCUCAAUCUGAACGGAAGCGCACGAGUUAAUCGUUUUGGCCACCUUGGUCCUGAGACGGCUGUUCAGGCAUUCUACCACUAUUUCUACAACUCCCAUCCCUUCUGUCUACCGGAGCCAAGGUUAGUGCGGCUCUUCAAGGAACGACAGGCCCCUCUUCUCGAAUAUGCCGUCCAGUUCAUUGGAUCUAGUUACAUACCUGCCGUCCCCACAGAUAUGUACAAGGAAGCCUUGGACCGAUACAUCAAUAAUGGGAAUUACCCGAGAGACGCAUGGUCCGUACAAGCACUCUUGCUCUUUUCCAUCGGUCUACAUGCACAUAACGAAGUUCCCCGAGCUGCUCAAAUCUUCGCCAUCGCCCAGGCUCUAACGCUCGAACUCGGUCUCAACCGCAUGGAGUUUGCUUUAUUGCAUGGAGAUAGUGAUCCACAGCUAGAAGAGAGCUGGCGAAGAACGUGGUGGUCCAUGUUCACCGUCAACGGUAUGAUGACAGCUGUCAAUCCAGGCGUGCAAUUUAGGCUGAAGGAUGUCAUGACUGACGUUCCGCUACCGUGCGAAAACCAUCAGUACUUCUCAGGCCACAUCCCCUACCCGAAUUCCCUGCAAGACUAUGACGACUCUUCCUUUCUCCCCGCCCUCACCAUCUUCAGCUCCUUCACCUACCUCAUUGAUGCCGUCCGUAUCCUCGGAAAAGUCUUCGAAUGCGCACGCCUCGACGCAACCUUCGAAUACCAUGCCGUUGACGUUGUCGACCAGUAUCUCUGCAACUGGCGCCUUCACCUCCCUCCUUCUAAACUCGACAUUGUCAACAACGAUGGCCAUGUCGACGAGGUUCUAUUCCAGGCGCAUAUGGUAAAUGCUGGCAGCACGAUUAUGCUCCAUCGUCCGCGGAGUAACUUGGGCUUUGGAAGGGUUGAGGGCGUGAACAUAUGUGUGCAGCCCGGACAGGUGCUACUGCCGACGCAGACGAGGGAGAUACAUACCGCCAAAUGCUUGACGUCGGCGGAGAACAUCUCCUCACUUAUUCGACUUCCGGCCCAACUGUUGUACCACACACCGUUCUUUACCUGUGUGGUAGUCAUGGCGUCCGUCGUUCACCUCUCGUACUGGUCUUUCCUAGUCCCCGAUGGCCAGGACGAUAUCGUAAAGCAGUCGAUCCGGUUGGACGUGGGCACACUCCAGCAGUACUCCAAUACGUGGUCCAUUGCAAAUGUGGUCUUGGGCCAGGUACGCGGCGUUGCGCACACGCUCUUCAACAGCAAGAAGGCCAUGAGCAUCCAUCUCUGGAGCAACAUUGACCAGCAUGAUGUCAUUCGCAACGUUAUCGAAGAGGGAGGACACGUACCUCAACAGAAUUACGCACAGCUCAUCGCACCGAUGCUGAAGUCGUAAAAGUUUCCCCGUCAUUACAGAGCUGAGGCUACCCACUCGCUCACACCAGCCAGCCAGCCAGCCAUGCGAUGCCAACACUUGCUUUCUCCCUAUUUUCUUCCGGUCUUACAUUUGUUUCUACAGUGAACAUUAAUUAUCACAUACCGUUUCCUCGCCUUCUUUUACGGGUUUCAGGCGUUGCGAAUCUGUUGCAGGCGUUUCUUGACAUGAUGACUAAUGGAAUGAUCGAGCGACUGAAGAUGAUGUACGAAAUUUAGAAACUCUUGGAAAUAUUACGAGGAUAUGAACAAUGUUGGGCCCGGGCCUGGCCUUUUAAAUAUUUUAGGUGCUCUUCUUAGAGCUUGAAGAAGCAAAAGCGUUUGGUUUGCUCCUGCUGCCACUUUGG